UAACUCAUUCCGAAUCGCCGGUUGUCAACACCCGCAAAAGAAAAAUCGAUCCAGUCGCGGCUCCAGUCGAUUCAUUCACGUUCCGAAAAAAAAACCUGAUUCAGUAAACUGUUUGGUGGUGAACAUGUCCCGUGCUUUGUGUUGGCUCGUUGCCGGCCUUGCCGUGUUUGCAUUGGCAACGGUUCCUGCCCGUGCCGAAGCCGGAGAAACCCUGGUGCUGCUGGACAAUUUGGCCAUCCGCGAGACGCACUCCAUUUUCUUCAAGAGCCUGCAAGAACGUGGCUACAAACUCACCUUCAAGCUGGCGGACGAUGCCAGUCUGGUCCUGUCGAAAUACGGAGAAUUUCUGUACAAGCAUCUGAUUCUGUUCGCCCCUUCGGUGGAGGAAUUCGGCGGAUCGUUGAGCGUCGAGGCCAUCACCGAUUUCGUGGACAACGGAGGAAACGUUUUGGUUGCGGGAAGCUCGAACUCCGGUGACGCUUUGAGGGAAUUGGCAUCCGAGUGUGGAUUUGAGGUGGAUGAGGAAAAUGCAGCUGUGAUUGAUCAUCUGAACUACGACAUUUCGGACAGUGGAGACCAUACUUUGGUGGUGGCUUCCCCGGAGAAUUUGAUCGAUUCGGAAAUUGUCGUGGGUAAGAAAUCCGUGGGCCCACUAUUGUACAAGGGAACCGGUCUGUUGGCCGAUAAGGAAAAUCCCUUGGUUUUGCAACUGUUGACUGCCGACAGCACCGCCUACAGCUAUGUUCCGGAUGCCCCUAUCAAAGAAUACCCCCACGCCGUUGGAAAGGGGACACUUUUGAUCGCUGCCCUCCAGGCCCGGAACAACGCCCGAGUCGUCUUCUCUGGAUCGCUCUAUUUCUUCUCCGAUGAAGCCUUCCUGUCGUCGGUUCAGCGUGCCCAGGAUGAAAAGCUGCAUAGCAAGUCGGGUAACCAGGAUGUGGCCACGUCCAUCAGCCAAUGGGUCUUCGGAGAAAACGGAGUUAUUCGCGUCCGUUCCGUAAAACACUUCAAAGAGGGAGAAAGUCAGCCACCAGCAGCUUACACAAUCACCGAACCGGUCGUGUACACCAUUGAAAUCGAAACCCUGGCUGCCGAUGGCAAGUGGCAACCAUUCCAGGCCAACGAUGUUCAGCUGGAAUUCGUCCGGAUCGAUCCGUUUGUUCGGACCACUUUGAACCACAUCGGUGGCGGACGCUACCAGGCCAAAUUCAAGAUCCCUGAUGUAUAUGGCGUGUAUCAGUUUAAGGUCGAUUACGAUCGCAUUGGAUAUACCCAUCUGUAUUCGACAACUCAGGUUUCGGUCCGUCCACUCACCCACACCCAAUACGAACGGUUCAUCCCCAGCGCUUACCCGUACUAUGUGAGCGCCUUCUCGAUGAUGGUAGGAAUGUUCCUGUUCUCAAUCAUCUUCCUGCACUUCAAGGAUGAUGGCCCGAGUGGGAAAGUAGCCACUGAUAAGAAGUCUCAGUAGAUGACGGAGGUACGUAUGACGAGCACUAUGUAGCUCGCUUUACAGUUUCAUUGCUUAGUGUCACUAAAUAAUGCCUGUAAUCGAAUAAGUCAGCAUCGAAUAUGCUGAAAGGCACAAUAAACGUCCAUAAUCAGAA